AUGCAAAACCAUAGGUGUUCUCCUGAUGUAGAGGACCAUUGGGGUUUCCUUAAUAUAGCAGAGCCUAGGAGUUCCCCUGAUGUAGCAGACCCUAGGGGUUCCCCUGAUAUACUGGACCCAAGAUGUUCCCCUAAUGUACUGAACCCUACAGGUUUCCCUGAUGUACUGGAUCCUAGAGGUUCCCCUGAUGUACCAGACCCUCGGGGUUCCCCUGAUGUAAUGGAUCCUAGAGGUUCCCCUGAUGUACCAGACCCUAGAGGUUCCCCUGAUGUAUCAGACCCCAGGGGUUCCCCUUAUGUAUCAGACCCUAGGGGUUCCCCUGAUGUAUCAGACUCUAGGGGUUCCCCUGAUGUAUCAGACCCUAGGGGUUCCCCUGAUGUAUCAGACUCUAGGGGUUCCCCUGAUGUAUCAGACCCUAGAGGUUCCCCUGAUGUAUCAAGACUCUAG